AUGUCAGUAUCCCACUCUAGCCUUGACCGCACACUGACCCCGGUGCAGCAGCAAUUCGACGUUGCCAGCACUAUUGGUAGCGACUCUGUGGAGCAAAGUGCUCGUCGGUCUGUUCGGCUCAAGGGGAAUGUUAUUGUGGACACAUGUCCUUCAUUGAGAACACUAAAGUCCGAUGAAUUGAAAGCCUUGAUGAAGAACCAUUACGACAACGCCGGUCCCAACGAUGUGUUCGACGAUGACCAGACAAAUGAGUUUGGCAAACUGAUCCUGGAGCACAACCAGAAACAGCUCAUUAAGAGUCUGGUUGCCAACCACGAAAGGAAAAAAAUUCUCGAAAAUUGUGAGAGGGCUGGUGCGGAUGAUUGGAUUGAAGGUAAAGGUGGCGGCCUUGUCAUCCUCCUUCACGGUCCCACUAAUAUCGGAAAGACGUCAACAGCAGAGAGCGUUGCCCAGGCUACUGGUAAACCACUGUUUACAGUAAGUGUCAGUGAUAUAGGGCUAGACCCGCAGAGGGUGGAGGGAAACCUGGAAAAGGUAUUCAAUCUCGCUGUAAGGUGGGAGGCGGUUCUGUUAUUUGACGAGGCAGAUGUGUUCCUAGAGGCCCGCGGGAUGGACAAAGGGGACCUCAAUCGCAACUCCUUAGUUACCGUCUUCCUUCGCAUCCUUGAGUACUACGACGGAAUUCCGUUCCUCACGACCGUCACGACCAACCGUAUCAGAACCUUUGACGUGGCCGUCCAAUUCCGCGUACAUCUCGCGGUGAGGUACAGCAACGUGCAAACACCUGAGCUGCGCAAACUCUUCAUGCAGUUCAUCGAUGAGAGAAGAAGCGAAGUUGCCAAUUACCGUGAGUUGGGGGACUUUGACGAGGAGAUCGAUGGGCGCCAGAUCCGAAACAUCGUCUCUUCUGCGAUGGCGUUGGCCAAAAACCAGGACAACGCCGACGGGAAAUUGAGGUUUCCUCAUAUCAAGCGCGGGCUAAAGAUGACUACGCAGUUCCAUGAUCAUUUGCGUGAUCAGCGCGUGGCGGCUGAGGGGAUCGAGUCUCGGACCGCUGAGCUGACGAUGGAAUCUGACCGGUCUCAUGGUAGUGAAGGCAACUUCCGCUGA